GUGGUUUACUGUGUGUGAGUGAGAAGUUUUGCCCAAAACGUUUCGUUCACAACGUCACCGUUUUGCUUCUCUCUCUGGUUCCGACUACAGAUUUCUGAACGACAACGAAGUAGCUCGCACCACCGUCCUCCUGCCCCUCCGUUCCUUGUUCUCGACGUGUUUCCAGCAAUGGAUGAAGACAAUUCCAGCCCAUUUCGACGCAUGUCGAGCCGAACACGUAAGGUUGCUCCUAGAAUGGUUGCUGCCCUAGCGAAUAGUGACAAUCGCGCUCAGGCUGCUCUUGCUCGCCUUGAAGCACUAGAAAAUGACAAUGCGGGAAUGGAGACGAUUGAAAUUAACGAAGACGAUGAUACUUCUCUUGAUGAUGAAGAUCAAGUAUAUAUGCACAAGAGGCAGUCCAAGGGCACAAAACGUAAAACCAGACAGGCAAAAGCACUUGAGAAUGCUAGGAAAGCCCCAAGAACAUUUGCCGAGCUUUUACAUGAGGCAAGCAUAGAAACAUUGCCUUCUCACGUUCCCUCCUAUUUGAAGGCAGCUGUGGGACCUCCUAGCUCUACCUCUCGCCGCCAUUUCUGUACUGUUUGUGGAUAUGCUGCCAGCUAUACAUGUGUGAAGUGUGGGAUGCGCUUCUGUUCAUGCCGUUGCCAGAAUAUACAUAAUGAUACCCGUUGUCUGAAAUUUGUUGCCUGAAUGAUUUGGAGAUUUUAACUAGCCCAAUUUUGUAAAUGUUUCUUGAUGCCAACUUGCCAUUAUAUGCCAGAGCUGUUGUCUGCCGUGUUCUAUUGAUAUUAUCACUUUUGAUUUUCCCUUUCUUACUGCCCCUAGAAACAAGGUUUUUCUUUUUCUUUUUUGUAAUCAUAUUGCCUGUACAUUUUAUGUUUC